UGUUAUAGUUUAGACAACUCACAAGAACGCUAAUUUAUCUCAUCCAACUCUUCCAUGAUUUGAAAUGGCAAAGAACAGCAGCAACUUAAGUACCGCAAUUGUUCCUUUUCUUCUUGAAGAAGAUAAAAAUAAUUAUGAAGAUUGGAAAGUUUACAUUAAAAACUAUUUAUUGGCUCAAGAUCUUUGGGACAUUGUUGAAUAUGGGAAUAUUCAGGAGGGCAAUUGGAGGAAAAAGAAUGCUGCAGCUCUACAUGCAAUUCUUUCUAGCUGUUCGCAAUCUAUUUUUCGUCAAAUAAAGGAUAGCUCAGCCUACUCUGCCAAGGAUGUGUGGAAUCAAUUAGCCAAAAUACCCGAAGGGCAGGAACCUAGAGAGACGUCGAGUGGAGGGGAAGAAGCUAAUAGACGUCGCUGUGUGGAGUUGGCCAGGAAAAUUUACAAUGGAGAUAAGCAAGCUGUAAGAGAGUUAAUUGUUUCUGACAUGGGUCGACCAAUUACAGACUUUGGUGAAACUGUUCUUCACGUUGCAAUCAAGGCCGAGCAAGAUGAGAUUGCCAAGGAAUUGGCAUAUAUGAUGUCAGAAACAGAUCUGCAGAAAAAGGAUUGCAAUGGUCACACGGCUCUCUCCUUUGUUGCAUUUCAGGGAAGAACAAACUUGGCGAAAGUCUUAGUCCCACAAAAUCGAGGUUUGCUUACCAUUGUAGACAAUGCAGGCAAUAUCCCGCUUACUAGGGCAUGUGGUGUUGGCCAUAAGGAGAUGACAAACUACCUCUACAAAGAAACCCUCCACUACAUUAAAACCUUUCCUCAUUAUGACGUCUUGCAACCAGGAAUAGAAUGCAACCAUGGAUUCCAUCUCAUGCGCUGCUGUAUUGCUAACAAAAUGUUCGAUAUUUGUUGGGAUCUACUCAAAAAAUAUCCAAGUUUGGCUGUUUGCGUCCAUACUCGGGGAGAGUCCCCUAUUCUAAUGUUGUCUCGUCAACCUUCUGCGUUUUAUAGUGGGACUAGACUUUCGGCUUGGCAACGACUAAUUUAUCAAUGCUUAAAGGUCGAGUUACCAAUCACACCCACCACUCCUACGAAAGACGUGCAACUUGAUGUUGACCAAACUCCAACUAGUGAUGUUACUAUCCAAGGCUACGGUAAAAGGAGCCUUAGAAAACGAGUGUUUUAUGGACUUGUUGGAUUGGGUUUAAAAGUCCAAGAGUUCUUUGGAGUCAAACACGUUUCUAAUUUGAAGUUGAGGCAUCGCUAUGCACAUAAGGUUCUUUGCUGUAUGUGUAAGCAUGUAUCAGCUUUGGAAUUGAAUUAUAAGCGUGAUGAUUAUGGAGUGGGUGCUGCACUAUUUGAAGCUACCAAGCAGGGAAUAGUUGAAUUUGUCACUGAGCUAUGUAAAGCCAACCCGUCAAUUGGUUUUAAAGUUAAUGAUGAUGACAGACUCGCUUUCAUGGUUGCAGUCCAACAUCGUCAAGAAAAUGUUUUCAACCUCAUUUAUGGCGCUAAUGAGGCAUGGAAGGCUGAAAAUCUUAAUAAAUCAGAUAUAGAUGGGAACAAUAUUUUACAUGUGGCAGGGGGGUUGGCUCCUGAGUUUGAGCGUGGUGGAAUCUCCAGUCCAGCAUUACAGAUGCAAAGAGAACUACAAUGGUUUAAGGAGGUGGAAAGAAUUGUUCCAGAAUGGUGCAAAGAAGCUAAAAAUAAUAAUGGUGAAAACCCUAAAGAUGUAUUUACUGAGAGUCACAAGGGAUUACUGAAAGAGGGAGAAAAAUGGAUGACGGACACAGCAAGUUCUUUUAUUAUUCUCAGUAUUCUCCUUGUAACCAUCAUGUUUGCAGUAUCUUUUACUGUUCCAGGCGGCGACAAUCAGAAUAAUGGGUUACCCAUACUCUUAGGCAAAAAAUUAUUUAAGAUAUUUAUAAUAACCGAUGCAAUAUCAUUCUUUGCCGCAUCUACUUCAGGUUUAAUAUUUUUGGGAAUCCUAACGUCACGCAAAGCUGAAGAAGAUUUUCUUUUGUCCUUACCUCGGAAGUUGAUGAUCGGCCUUAUCACUCUCUUUAUUUCCAUUGCAACAAUGAUGGCUAGCUUUUCUGCUGCUCUUUUGAUCAUGCUACAAGUUCAACUGUGGGCAUUAAUUCUCAUAACUUUGGCGGCUGUCAUUCCAACCAUGGUUUUUGGAUGGUUGCAGUUUCCCCUCAUUUGUGAAAUUAUUGUCUCAACAUGUUCUCAGGGAAUCUUUAACAGAAAAAUGAAGCCUUGGCUGGUUAAUUUACAAUAAAGUUGAAACAUAUUUUGUGAUGUAGGUUGAGCAGUUUCCACUCCAGGUUGAAAUUCUAUUAGCUUGUUUGGUUAGCUGUAUUUGAACUCUCAAUUUCCCUAUUUUAUUUGGUUGUAUUUUAACAUUUCUUGGUUUUUGUGAGACUGUGAUAUGAAUAUAUGUACCUUCCUUCG